CCGCCGGGAAGAUGGCGGCUGCCGGCAGGGCCUGGCGGGCCGUCCUGCUGCUGCCGCCCUGGCGGGCCCCGCGCCGGGCUUUCGGCGCUGCUGCCGCUCCCGCCGCGGCGGGCGGCGGGGCCCGGCUGCUGCUGGGCGCGGCGCUGGCGCUGGGCGGCGGCGCGGGGCUCUGCCUGGCGGCGCGGCACGGCCUGCGGGAGCACUCGGCCGCUGAGCUGCCUGCAGGGAGCCUGCAGCUCACUCUCUACCAGUACAAAACGUGUCCUUUCUGCAGCAAAGUCCGAGCUUUUCUUGAUUAUCAUGGACUACCCUAUGAAAUUGUGGAAGUGAACCCAAUAAUGAGGAAAGAGAUAAAAUUUUCUUCCUACAGAAAGGUGCCUAUCCUGCUAGCCAAUGCUGGAAGCCCUCUGCAAUUGAAUGACUCUUCCGUAAUCAUCAGUGCAAUAAAGACCUAUCUCAUUUCCAAGAGGAAUAGCUUAGAAGAGAUCGUGUCCUUUUAUCCUCCUCUGAAAACUGUAACUGAGCAAGGCAAAGAGGUGUUUGAGUAUGGGAAUAAAUACUGGCUGAUGCUGGAUGAGAAGGAGACAAAGCGAGUCUACCCUGUCAAAGAAGUGAGAGUGGAAGAAAUGAAGUGGAGAAAAUGGGCAGAUGAUUGGCUUGUUCACCUCAUCUCCCCCAACGUUUACCGUACCCCCAGAGAAGCCUUGGCAUCCUUUGAUUACAUCGUCCGUGAGGGGAAGUUUGGCACCCUGGAAGGUUUAUUUGCCAAGUACAUUGGGGCUGUUGCCAUGUUCUUCAUUAGCAAGAGGCUGAAGAAAAGACAUCACCUUCAGGACGACGUCCGAGAAGACUUGUAUGAAGCAGUUAAUGAGUGGGUAAAAGCUGUUGGCAAACAUCGACUGUUCAUGGGUGGAAACCAGCCAAACCUUGCUGACUUGGCAGUGUACGGGGUCCUCCGAGUCAUGGAAGGGCUGGAAGCCUUUGAUGACAUGAUGGUUCACACCAAGAUUCAGCCUUGGUACCAGCGCAUGGAAGAAGUAAUUCAGAAAGCUGAAGUUGCAGUCUGAUGCCAGCUGCCUUCCUGAAGUACUUGCAUGGUAAAACACUUCAGAAGGAAUGGAAUUUAUUUUUUAAGAAUUGAAAUGGACUGGUCACAGCUAAUGGACUGACAUGGAGGCACAGAGACUGUCCUGUUUAGAGUAUCAAGUGUUGGUGAGCAGAAGGGAUGCAGCUGGGUGUGUGUUUGAACGCGGUGUUUAGUCUGGGGAUAGGAACUUGGAGACUGCUGGAGAGAAGCUCUGAAGAAUGCAGUAAAUGGGCUGCUGUUAGGAGAGAGCCCCUCUUGCUUGAAGCAGGUUCCUGUGACAGAAAGCUGCUUGUGGCUGGUGUUACAGCCACAUCAGGGUAGCUCUGAGCAGCUUUUGCUUCAGGCUCUCUUCCACUACUCACCCUUUCCACCUGAAGUGUUUUCCUGUCUGAGACACUGGAUGCUAGUCUUUAAAUUACCGUUUUCCCUGCAAUAGAAUCAUGUAAGCCUAGUGCUGAGGGAACAGGAGGAAUCCACAGGCAUCCUUCCUGUGACUGAAGCAGUGCUGCCCACGGCAGGUUGCACGGUUUGACUCUCCCAUGUAAACGGUUCUUUCAGUCCUGAACGGUCUGCAAGGAUAAAAGCUUCCUGCUUUCUGUG